AUGUCGGAAGUGCUCCGCUCAGGAGCCCAUACCUUCAAUGUUCCCUCAAAAAGGUUGAUAUUUGAAUAUAUCGUGCAUCGACCAUCCACCGAAACAGCAGAUCAACACAGCCUGAUUGUGGUUCAAUCCCCUGGCUGGGGCUUAGGAUCCCAGUAUCUUCAAAACGGGCUGCAAGGGUUAUGGAGACCGGAAUACCACAUCAGUACUGCAAAUACUGAAAGCUUUACUGUCAUAUUCUUCCAUUCUCGUGGGACAAACAGAUCAUCCAGACCACUGAGAUCCCAGAUGAGCAGUAUGCCCGAUCUUGCUUCCGACCUGGAGGAUUUCCGACAGCACCUGCAUCUGGAACAAUAUCCGGUCUUACUGGGCCACUCCAACGGCGGAGCGAUUGCACUGGGGUAUGCAGAGAUGUAUCCCAGUCGCGUUGGGAAGCUCGUUCUCCUCGAUCACCAGCUAGUAGGGUUCCAGGAUAAAAGACUGUUGCAAUUAGAAGCGACUCGCAUAGAUCCUCGAUACCAGGAUGCUUGGGACAGUAUGCUGGAUCGGAAAACUGAUUCCGACGAGGAAUUUACAGAGUCAGUGAGAGCCAUGUGGCCUUUGUAUUUUUUUGAUCCACGGCAGUAUGUCCCAGAGCUACUGCAUGAUAUCGGUGACCGCAAGUUGUCGGUUUGGUGUUACCAGUCCCAGGCUCGAUGUGACAAGGAAUUGCUGAAUCCAAUGCAAAUGGUGGAGAAACUUGGUGAUGUACAGGCAGAGACUCUCGUCAUAUUCGGGCGUGAAGAUAUGAUCUGUGGAACAGGGAUUGCCGAACGAACAGUUAAGGGCAUCAAACAUGCGCGACUGAUUACCUAUGGCGAAUGCGGGCAUUUCCCUUGGAUUGAGAAAAGGGAACAGACGAUGAUGGAUAUUCGUAAAUUCAUUCAAAGGCAAGACUAG